GAGGUCGUACUUGACCUGCUCAAGGAGGCGAUGGUGGAGAAGGCCAAGGCUGGCACAAAGGGCUUCCUCAUCGAUGGUUACCCUAGGGAGGUGGUUCAGGGAGUGAAGUUCGAGGCAGAGAUCUGCCCGUGCACGGUCGUGCUCUACUACGAGGUGACGGAGGAUAUCAUGAAGCAGCGGCUGAGGCACCGCGGCGAGACGAGCGGACGCGUCGACGACAACGAGGAGACGAUCAUCAAGCGCCUGAAGACCUUCAACGACCUCACCGUGCCCGUGAUGACGCACUACGGAGCAAAGGCACACACCGUGAGUAUCGGUGUGGACUAG